AGUUGCAAGGCGCCGAGGGCGACUCUUCUGUUUGGUCUGCCCAACUCGCUUUCAUUCUGAGGAGAAGUAUAUUCUCGUCGUCCCUUGUAAUAUAUAUUUAUAUCUUUCCUGCGCAGCACUGAAAAUCACAUAGCAUAACUACGACCACCUACACAAAGAACAUGGCGACUCCAGAAAACGGGAACAUCUACGACACGCUCGGGACGGUGUUGUACACCACUGUCCCCGUGGUAUCCGCCGCAGACGCAGCGCCGGCGCAGGACCUCGCCGAUGCGCAAAACAUUCCUUUAGACUACGAGACGGCGAUCGCCAUGCUGGAGGCGGCGCACGCGCACGUCUUCCAGAACAGCGUCCUCGGGAAGAGCACGGCGAGCGCGACCGCUGCAGGUGUGUUGAGUGGCGGGGCCGCACAGGCCGCCGCCGGUGUUCGUGCGUCGUCUGCUGCGGCGGAUGGACACCUGCAGCCCGGCGGCUCUUCCUACGGCAAAAGUAGCAUGGUUCCCACCCCGCCUCAGCAACGUGGAGGCCCGUCCAACGUAUCUGCCCGCUACGGCCCCUACGGCAGCACACAGCGCGGCGGUGCUGGCGGCGGCGCCUCGUUGGGGCAGCCAUCGCAGACAUCAAAAAGCGGAAGCAGCGGUGUGGGUGGUCCGCCGAAGGGAGACUCCCGCUCGGUCGGGUACGGAGAAGGAGGGGCUGCCGCGUUGGAUAGCGUGGCGGCGCACAACACCGCUGUCGCCACGGCGGUGACCGCGCGUCUUUCCGCAAAGGAGGCAUCAUCCUCGAAGAAAGCACUGAGUGGCGUGAAAGGGACGAGCACCACGACGGCGGCGGCGGCGUCGUUGGAUGGCGGCCCCCGCGCCGGGGAUCGGGUCUUGACGGCCGCCGGCGCGAUGGAAAUGCUCUUCCCCAUUGCGCCUGUUGCUGCUGCUGCUGCGGCGGCGGACGGUACCGGCGAAGGCGGGGGCAACACCGAUUCGGUGGGUCACGAGCGGGGCAGACCGAUGUCUACCUCGUCUGCGACCGCCGCACACGGCAAGCAGAGCAAAGGCGACGGCGCGGCGCUCACGCAGGCGGGGGGCGACGCCUCCUCCACCGCUGCCGCCAAUAAGACCCUCCCUCGCCUCUGGCGCAGGGCGGACGUCGGCCAUGUCUCUCGUCUGGACGUGGUGCUGCUCUAUCUGCACCUGCAGCGCCGCUGCGCAACCGAGUCGGCUAGGCCGUGCGGGGUGGUGUGCCCAAAUCGCGAGCGGCUCUACAGUGAUGUCCUGCAGGAACUGACGCGUCAAAUCACCCUGCUCUGUCCGGAGCGGGGACUGCUGCUGGAUGAGCUGUCACGCGGCAUGCAGCAGUCGAUCGAAACGUAUGAUGUGCUGCUGGAUAAUGCAAGCCAGUACGCGGUUCGCAAGAGCACGGAGCGUGAUCUGCACCAGCACCUCUUCGCUGAAAAGGCGGAGUUGGAGACGGAGGUGCGUCGACGGGAGCAUCGCGUGAGUGAGUGGCGUGCGAAGUAUGCAGGUCUGCAGAAGCGACUAGAGGAGCAACAGGCCGCCGAUGACAAGUUACAUGAGCAGGAAAUUGCGUACGCGAAGAAGGCGAACACGCAACUGGUGAACGAAAUCAAGCGGCUCGCCUCCGAGGCGGAGAAAGCGAAGGAAAACUGA